CCCAACAGCUAUAACCCAAAAACGCCACCCGCCAAAAUGCCCGACUGCGCUCACAAGACCUCCGGCAACUCGUGCGGCUGCACCUCCACCGCGCCAGCCGGCCAGAGCCUCUGCGCCUGGUGUCGCGACGGACACAAGACCAUUGUAAAGAACAACGCGAACAGCGCCAAUGAGGACCAGGAUCAGAAUGACGGGAAUGUUGGGCCGGAGUUUUGUCGCUCGGGGUGUGGUUUCAAGUACUGAGAGAUUCAGGGUUUAUGAUGAACCUUGAGGUCGUGAAUUGGAAGAUGGGGCCCGGGCCCUGAUGAAUGGGAGAUGCUCUGACGGGGACGCAACAUGGAGAG